GAAAACCGCAUCGUAUACCGCUGGCUUUACUUCAACUUAUUGCACCAGUAGAGCAGCUAAAAAAAACUAAUAAUUGAGCAGUGAAGCAGUGGAACAUUGGGUGUAGUUGAUGGUGAUGUUUGUCCCAGCCGUAUCUGAGGAAUAGGAACAGUGGAACAUUGAAGGUUCUCUCUGAUAUUAGGUUAUCUAUGCUGUAACCCCACAAAAAGAUUGGAAAUUUCUGUGACAAUUGACGAAAUAUUGAAAAGAGGAGAAAUAAAAAAUUGUGAUGCAUUGUUGACGAAAAGAAAAUUUAUAAGUAUAAAAUAAUAGAACAAUAAUCGAAGGCGGUAUUAAAUAAACGUAAUAGUUAGAGAUCGAAGUAAUUGUACAUACACGUGUAUCACGCAUAAUGGCAACUCCAACCAACGGCAAUGGUAAUCUCGUGGAUGAGUUUGAAGAAGCAUUCCAGCAAUGCUUGAGCAUAUUGACAAAGGACGAAGGAUUGGGCAACAAUGGGAUUGGUAUAUCUGGUGGUGUGACAGUAGAUAAGGAUGAAGCUCGUGCAGAAGUGGAGCAAGUUACUCUAAGAUUUAUAGAUUUAGCCAGACAAAUGGAAGCCUUUUUCCUGCAAAAAAGAUUUUUACUGUCUGCAUUAAAGCCUGAACUAGUGAUCAAAGAAGAUAUUAAUGACCUGAAGUUGGAAUUAGCUCGUAAAGAAGACCUUAUAAAACGACAUUAUGACAAAAUUGCUGUGUGGCAGAGUCUUUUAGCAGAUUUACAAGGAUGGGCCAAGUCUCCAGCUCAAGGACCACCAGCACCUAAUGGAUUACCUACUCCUCAAAGUGGGCAAAACCAGCAAGCUGGAAAUGGUAACAGUAACACUACUAUGCAGCAGCAGCAGAUACUGCAACAUCAGCAACAACUGCAGCAACAGCAGCAGCAACAACAGUUGCAACACUUGCAGCAACAUCAGAUGCAACAGCAACAAUUACAUCAGCAACAGGUGCAACAGGGUUCAGGUGGGCCGCCAACGUCUAGUUUGCAGGGAGUUGGUGUGUCAGUCAAUCAGCAGGGCAUGUUUAUGGCUCAAAGUGGCGUGGGUGUGAGCAGCGGCAGGGGCACUACCGGGUUCCCAGUCGCAGGUGUUGGAAGUAGCGCUCUUCAAGGGCCACUAGCUUUUCUAGAAAAGACCACGAGCAACAUAGGGAUGCCGGAAAGGCGGAGUUGACGCGGAAGGGGGAGGGGCCGGGGCCGGGGUCGUGGUAGAGGACGAGGUAGAGGAAGAGGUGGCAGUAAUAGUCUACCGCCGCCGCCACCGCUUCUCGAUCCUUCAGACCCGUCGUCCUAUGCUGCUGCCGCUGCGGUCGCAGCCGCCGCAGCGGCGCCCCUUCCCUCUCCGCAACAACAACCUCCGCCCUGCACAUGAAUGUAUAAUACGUGUGAGAUUUUCAUUUUGUAUUUUGAGUAAAAAAGGGAUAAACGUGUACUCUGUAGUUUCAUAGUCGAGUACUCGUGUCAUGGAGUUUCUUUAGCUUCUCUGUUAAAUAUAGUCUACAAUAGGCAAUAGGAGUAUGUUUAUAAGAAGUUCGAACAAGAAAUUAACCAAUCAUAGUCGAUUAUUUUUCUUAUAUUUGGAUAUAAUUGGUAAAUUUCUUAUUCUUACUUCUUAUGAACAUAUUCCUACUGCCCAUUAUAGACUACGCUUCAGAAUUUUUAUGGAAUUGAACGUGCAUCAGUUAGUGGUUGGUGAUGGUGAUAAUGGCAAUGAUCGAGUAAUGCGAUGAUAAGCGUCGCGAGUGUGUCGUAAAGACGAGCACAAUUAAUGUGUACAUUUAUGUGUACAUAAAUUGGAAUAUCGCUGGUGACUUGUUAUGAGCUCGUUUUGACGAUGAGCGUAGUGUUCUCAACAGUGCCAGUUUUUACUGAUCUGAUUUUGGAUUAACAUUAUGAAUGUUGUUUCCUAUUUUUCAAGAAACGACUUUUAUAUUCAUGAAUGUUAUUUUGCAUUAGUCUCGAAAAUUUUACGACACAGACAAGUUUAUAUAAAAUGCGUUAAAUUGCACAAUAUAAGAUAAAAUAAAAUAAUCUUGAUUUUGAUAAGAUACGAUUUGUAAUCAUAAAACACAAAAUAGCGAAUUGUAUAUAACGAGAUCGUCGUUCAAAGCAAACAAUAUAAUACAUGUAAUUGUACAUAGAAAUAAGGCGAUUUCUUCAUAUUUCUUUAUAUCACAUAUAUAUUUAUUAUAUUAGUUCUCCGUAAUCAUAUAGAUAUUUUUAUAAACCGUAUUUAUCGCAUUUACAGCACCUUUGAAUUUAUCAAAUGUACUGUUCGUACGAUAUCAAUAAAAUAUAUAUUGUCUAAAUGUGUAAAAUCAAAAUAUACAUUACGACAUACUCAUUCAAGCUAGAUUAAUUUAAAUAUCUAUAUGCAAUAGGAUUUCAAACAAAAAGGUGUAAAAAGCGUUAGACUUUUUAACAGAUACUUUGCGCACUUUUUGUAUUUGUUUU